AUGGGUGUUGAUAAACACUACCGAGUUGAGUGGGAAAAAGAAGACAUGUUCAAAGGAUGGCUUUGUAAAGCACCAGAGGAUUUGAUAUCAUCAGGCCACGGAGAGGCAUACUGUAAAUGGUGUAAAGAUAGCAACAAAAUUUAUAUUUCGGACAAACAUAAAUCACAAGAAUUACCCAAAAAUCCUAAAAGAUAUUCAUGUGACGAAGACCAGCAAGCACAAAAUGUUAUAGUGGAAAAUUUUAAACAAUUACAACACAAACAACGUGAAAAAUUUUCAUCAUCAAAUAAUGUUGUACACCUUACGUCUAUAAGUGAUGAUUAUCAAAAGAAAGAUGAACAUUAUUACUGGGUUAUGGCUUGUGCGUCGGAUUUGAGAAAUAUGGAGAAGACACAACAGAUAUACGCGAAGAAGGCCAUCGCUGAAAUUAUAAUGGAAGGACAAUUAGGAACUCUGGAUCGUGAUUCGGUUAGAAUAAAUAAACGUUUGGAUAAUGAUUCUAUUGUGUUGAAAAUAGGUUCACCGCUGCCUGAAUAUGAAAGGGAUGGUUUACAAAAUGAUCAGGAUUGA